AUGCUUUCCAAGAUCACUCUUCUCGGUACUCGCUUUCCUCCUCCCGAUACCCUCCAAGGCGAAGGGAGCUACGCCGAGAUGGCUCGUGAAGGAGUCCAGUUCAUCUCCCACCUCAACAAGAUGACUUUGGAUUACGAGGCGGAGUCUAAGGCAAAUAGGCGCCAGCUCGAGGACGGGCAGCAAGAUGCCGAGAAGUACAAAGGUGAUGCGAGCAUGGCGACGAAGCGAUCUGCCGACCUAGAGUCCGAGGUGAAGCAACUCCGCGAUCAACUUGGUAGGAUGCAGAAAGACAACGAGGAUUUGACUACCUCCAACACUCGUCGCUUCCACGGGCUAGAAGACUGUUUUGCCAAGCUAAGGGCAUUGGAAAAGCAAGAGGCGAAUGUGCAGCAUGCCAUUCACAAGGCGAGAUGCGAGAUGACAACCAAGUUUCGGGAGACCCUUACUUAUAUUGAGAGGCAGUUCGAUGUCGUUGAGUGGGCUAGGGAAAGGAAUUUUGACCUUGCUCAGGCCGAGGGCAACCUACAGCUCACCGAAGAGGAGGAUCUUAUCGCGGCGGUGGCUGAGUCGGAAGGAGCCCAUCAGAUGCUUGCAGACGAGGUGAUGAACCUUAGGAGGAUUCUUCGCGCCCUCCCGGUUAGGUUGGAUGAUGGUGAGCGUAUCGAGUUAGCUGCAGCGUCGCUAGGUAUUCGGAACUUCUCAGGGUCCAACAGCGAGACUCCGGGUUAA